AAUCGUGUAACGCAGGUGGUACGGCCUUAGUCGUAAUCGAAAUCGAUACUGUUUAAAGACAGCAUUAAUUUCCAUCCGCGAUCUACCCUUGAAAUUCGAUAGUCCACUUAUACGUCAAGAAUGCGAUAUACUAUAACGUAGAAUUAAGUUCAUUGACAAUCUGCUGUCUCGAGGAUAAGAAAGAUAGUAGCCAAUGUUAUUCCACGGAAUUCAGGAUUUAAGUAGUUACCCUUGAAAAGUUAAUCCGAACGAGCAGUUUCGAGCGCAGCCAAAUUCCUUGGGAACAGGUUAAAGCUAAAAAUAUUCGUUAGAUUUCUUUUUUUUUUUUACAACCUCUCACAUUCGAACGUGGCAUGAAAUUUAACAUAGACCACCGUUUCGCUGGACUCUUAGAUAUUGCGCGUCUUAUUUAUCAAAAUAAACCGACGUCUCGACUAUCUGAUACAAUUCGACUGCGGAUAUUUAUGCAAAUUUGUAUUCUUCCCAAUGCCACCAAAGCUCCACUUGUUAAUUAUUCCAGCGUUUAUAGUUAACACGUCGUAUGAAAUUUAAGAUAUUUUUUAGCGUAAAUCACGCGGACUAAUAUUAAUCAACCCUGCUGCGUUCUUUGAAACAUUUCGACGCGUAAUCGAGUUUUUCAAAAAAUUCUAUAAAAGAUGAGAAAUGUGAUUUGUCAUAUUUCCCACUCGUGGCCUUCGUACAUAUUUUCCUACACGUGUUCCAAUGCAUUUUUGAAUCUUUGAAUCUCCCAUAAACGUAUAAAAAUUCGCGAUCUAUGGGCUACCAUCUCGCACAAAAUCAUAGGCGAUUCGGUUAUUCUGUUUUCUAGCGAAGCUUCGAAAAACGUCGCGUUGCGUCGUGUCGUAUCGUGUCGUGCAGAACCGGUAAUGACGUGAAAGUGCAUCCAGGAGCGAAGGAGCGAUCUAACCAGCGGGCCUCCGUUCCCCUGGCAGUCUUGUUUCGUUCGACACAGUCUCCUUGGCUCGUAGUCGGCUCCGACUCGAUCGAAGAAAUUGUUCCUCGCCAGUCUCGACUAUCGAUCCGUUUAUGCAAUCGAACGUAAAAAGAAAAUAAAAAAUUUCUCGCUAAUCUUCGACUUUAUUCGUCUGGGAAAUCGAGUCCGAAUUUCUCAUGACAGCUGUCUAUGAUCAUUCCCGCGCACCUGUGUUAUAUAGCGCUGGCCGAUAUUUUGCAUCGCGUUAUUAACAGGCACGUUACGGAAGAAGAUAACGAUUAAAAAAUUGAUAGAAGAAAGUGAAUUAUCUGAAAUCUGUGAAGACCGACUAUACGUGGUAUCAAGAAGCGAACGAUAUUGAACCGGAAGAAGAAGAGGACAAAGCGUGGAAGCGCAAGUACAUGGAACUAAUCUCGUCGGAUAAAGGUUGUUGCCUCGCAAAGAACGGACGAUUAUCGGAGAUAUCGGUAAGCACGGUAAGCACGAGAAGAUUCAGCCGUGCAGGAACCCCGAGUUCGAUCCUGUCGUCGGACAGUGACAUUCGAUUUACGAGGAAGCUCGGUGGACAGUAUCGUUGCGGAUGCUGCGUGUUAGCCGCAUUCUUGCUUUUCCUCCUCUUCUCUGGAGUCUCCAUAUAUCUUGGCUACACGUUCCUGACAUCGGAUCCCCCGGGUGAUCAGAUUUUCUUGGCGACAUUCCGAGUGAUCGAAGGCGAUUCCUUCGUUUCGGAAUUGGCAGACCCCUCUACCGAAGCCUUUCGAAUACGAGCACGGGAGUAUCGCGAUCGACUUAAUCUUAUCUUCCGUCGCAGCUGGCUGAGAAUCUCUUUCCUCGCUGUGGAGAUAUUGGCGCUCGAUGGAUCCGAAGGUGAGAAUUUGGCGGUACAUUUCGAGAUUCGAUUCGAUCCACGAUACCAGACAAUCAGCACUGCCGAUGUCGUGGAAAUUCUUACGCGGGAGAUCGAUCCUACAACCUCGAAAUAUUUAACGAAUCUAACGAUCGACUCGCAGAGCCUCGAAGUUCAGGAGAGCUUGACAGCUCUGAACGCUCAAGUGGCUCAACAAACGACAGUUUCGACGCCACCACCAACCACUACACCACCGCCUCCUAGAAGAUGCACCAGUUUGGAUUUAUCUUACUGCAAACAUCUCCCAUACAACGUUACUUCGUACCCGAAUAUAUUGGGACACCGUUCAUUGGCUGACGUGGAGGAGGACGUGAUCGCUUUCAGGGAGCUAGUGGAUGCGGAAUGUUACCGAUUAGCGUACGACUUUGUGUGCCAAGUAUUGCAACCAGCCUGCGUAUCGAACCAACCGGAAGACCUGCUACAGCUGCCGUGUAGAAGUUUCUGCAGAGAAUUCUGGAGCGGAUGCGGCAGCCGACUUCCGGACAGAAUUAAACGCCUACUGGAUUGUUCGAAUUUCCCGGAAUACGCGGACCAAGGUGGUUGCAGAGCAAAGCCAGGAUGCGUGCAAGCACUUCAAGCGAAAGCAUUGUCACCGAGAAUUUGCGACGGCGUGAUCGAUUGCCCUGACCUUUCCGACGAGAAAAAUUGCGCUUAUUGUCGCGACGGUCAUAUGCAUUGCGGUGUAGGUAGAACUUGCAUUCCACGUAGCAAGAGAUGCGAUGGAAAAGCGGACUGCGCCAACGGCAGCGACGAGAAAGAUUGUCUAUCCCUAGCACCAAGUAUUCGAUCCGUGAAAUCACAACCUUCGGAUACACCGUUUGCCGCAAAGUAUAACAGCGAAGGGUACGUGGUGUUCAACGAGAAGGGUACUAUCGGAAAGCUUUGCACCGCAAAUCUGAACGCGACACUGCCAGGAACGGAAAUGGAAACCGUUCUUCAAACUGCCGCCAGCUCCCUGUGCAGUUUACUGACUUACACAGGGGUAAAGUCCGUGGAAGUUCGAAUCGACGACGAAGAGGAUGUUCAAUACGUACAUAUGGAGGAUCCAUCGGCAACAGAGAUUACGUUUGUUAGAGCACCCUGUCCGAGCAAGGAAGUCAUGUACGUCCGAUGCUCUGAAUUGGAGUGCGGUGUACAAUCUCUACAUGCAAAGAGCGGUAGCCGGGGACUUAAUAAAAUGGCCGAGCCAGGAGACUGGCCUUGGCACGUGGCUCUGUUCAAGGAAGAUGUACACGUAUGCGAUGCUACGCUCGUGGCGGAAAAUUGGUUGAUUACAACGGCGUCCUGUUUUCAAGGUCAGCCAAAGGCAGAAUGGUCCGCAAGAAUGGGUACUGUGCGCCUCUCGAGCACGUCGCCGUGGCAACAAGAACGUAGAAUCGUGGGUAUGAUUAAAUCUCCGGUAGAAGGGAGUACGACUGUCCUAUUGAAACUCGAUCGACCUGUCACCAUGUUUUCGGAUUUCGUAAGACCCGUAUGUUUGCCUUCGAAUCAGGAUCCACCAAUGAAUGCUACUCAUUGCAACACCCUCGGAUGGGCCAGAAAUCGAGAUCUACUACAAAGGGUACAGCUUAAGCACAGCGCGAUGGAACAAUGCGAAAACAUCAGUAUCGCGUCCGUGAAUAGCGUCUGCACAGAACCGGCCUAUUCUACUGACGAUUGUAACGAAGAAGAGGUCGCCGGCAGUCCUAUGUUAUGUCUUCAGCCGGAUGAUCGCAGAUGGGCGCUAGCGGGUGUCGGAAGUUGGCGAAUAGCUUGCUCGAAAGCUGGUGUCGAAAGGCCACGAUUAUACGAUAAAAUUUCCUCGAAUAUCGCUUGGAUAAAAUCUACGAUAGAAUAGAUUAUUUCUUAAAAUAGUAUUUAACAAAUUAAUAUGAACUGACUGGGACUGAAAUUGAUAUUACAAUAUACAUACGCGAUGUAGAAUUAAUUCAUCAAAUUUUCCUAUCGUAUCUAACAGACUGUAAAAUACGUAUUGUAAAUUAGCGCGUUAGGACGUAUCAUGUUAUCGUGGGAUACAUUUCUCGUCUCUAUUGUAUAGUUUCGUCAAAGAUUCGUUGUUGUAUCCAUUGUUCGUAAAAUAUCUACAUAUGUGUUACAGCGUUGUAAAGAAAACUAUUUCAGUAAAGUAUAAGUAGUCGAAAAACGAA